UGAUCAGGUGGAAGAGCAGUACCAUGUUGUCGGCAGCCCUUUGAUUGGACUUCACGAUGAACACGUACAAGUAAACAGCAAUGGCCACUGUCCAGAAAAAGGAGCUAGUAUUGGCGAAGGUGGAUAUCGCUCCUUGGGCAACACAGUCCGGCGAGUCGGAGCCGAACACUCUCCACACUCCGUAGGCGUACGAGACCGCAGAGAGCCAGUCGGCCACUGAGAGGAAAAGCAGCAGUUUUCUCGGAGUGCUCCUUAAAUCUGGCAAACUAAUAUAAGUGAAGAUGAUGAGCGACGAGCCCAGAAAGGACAGCGCGCACGACGACAACACCACCACCUGCUCGGAUAAGUACACCACUGUCUCGUUGUGUUCUGCCAUCUUUUUUGUCCCGCCUAACUACACUCCACGCAUGUUCGCUAAAAAUAAUAAAUAGCUAAACUUUCAUGGCGGUUUUCACAACUAGGUGAAAUGUGUCGGCGUUACUACAAGAAAGUGAAGUAAAUGUCUGUGUGUGUUUUUAAAGGCACCUUCCGGCUCACUGCUUCCUCCUCCUCUUCCUCCUGGAGCUGAGGUCACAGUCAGCUGGUCGACUGCACAAACACCUCGACGUUUGGCAACAAGUGACCGCAGAGAUUGAACCUGCCUUGGAUUGCAUGAGCACAGGAGAAGAAGACCUGAGGUUGACUACUCCCCCAUUGGACCUUGAGGAGGGGGGAGGAGGAGGAAGAAGACAAGGCCACUUCCCUAAAUACCCGGAGUAUGGGGCAAAAAGUCCCAGGUGGCAUUAAAACAAUUGAUAUGCGCGAUCCAGCGUUCAGCCCCCUGAAGCUGGAGCUACAGGCCUUGAGUCACACCAAGCCUUCUCGACUGGACCUGCUAUUGGAUAUGCCGCCAGUAAGCGCAGACAUUCAGGUCCAGCACUCGUGGAACAACGAUGACCGCUCGCUCAACAUCUUCGUCAAGGACGAUAACAAGUUGGUUUUCCACAGGCACCCAGUGGCACAGAGCACGGAUGCCAUCCGGGGCCGUGUUGGUUAUACACGGGGACUGCAUGUGUGGGAAAUCAGCUGGGCGAUGCGCCAGAGGGGCACGCACGCCGUUGUUGGUGUAGCAACAGUUGAUGCGCCGCUGCACUCCGUAGGCUACACUGCACUAGUGGGAAGCGACAGUGAGUCCUGGGGUUGGGACCUAUGCAGGAGUAAACUCUACCAUGACAGCAAGAAUCACUCAGGCAAAGUAUACCCCUCCUUCCUCGAGCCAGAAGACACUUUCAUAAUACCGGACUCCCUCUUAGUAGUUUUGGACAUGGAUGAAGGGACUUUGGGUUACAUAGUGGAUGGCCAUUAUCUGGGGGUGGCCUUCAGAGGACUUAAAGGCAGGAAGCUAUACCCAGUGGUGAGCGCUGUGUGGGGACACUGUGAAAUACGUAUCCGGUACAUAAACGGACUUGAUCCUGAACCUCUCUCUCUGAUGGACCUGUGUCGGCGCUCUGUGAGGGUGGCACUAGGAAGAGAACGUCUAGGUGAAAUCCACCGGCUGCCCCUGCCGGCCUUUCUCAAGAACUACCUGCUCUACCAAUGACUGCACUGUCACAUUAGCGUAUGCUUUCUUUCUUGCUUCUCUGGGAUCCUUUGGUUGAACUCGUUUGACAACAUUUCCUUGAGCCUGUUGGACAGAUCCAAGCUCACUGAUGAUUUAGCAAGUAUGCUUAUCUGAUUAGCGACCAGACUCAUUUUUGAGUUUCUUAUUCUAUUUUAACGACUAUUUGCAAUUGUACUCUAACUUUUUUUUUUUUUAAUUCAGGAAUUUCUGAGCUCUAUGCACAUACUGAUAGAAAAUAUGCCCUGGCGGUCACCGUUUUGGUGCAACGAGUCACUUUUGGUCAGUAUCUCUCUUGACUUCAGCCAGCACUGUCUUUUUAAAAUUUGAUUGCAUUAGAUGAAUUAGACCAUGUUCUAUGUUGUGUGACUACAAGAUGACAGCACUUGUUGAACAUGUUACACUGAAAGAAACGUUUUGGUUUUUUUAAAUGCGUUUUUAAGCAGAUCAGCAAACAGGCCUUAGGUAGUAACCACACCAGUGAGACAGUUAUGUAGCGAGACUUUGAACUCCUGCAGUAGUAAAAGAUGUAUUCUACUCACACUUUAGACAUCUGACAGGAAAUAUCUCAGCAGGCUUGAAAUUGUAUGGAUGUCACUGUGAUUUGUAGCAUGCAUCUGCAAGAAAUAUCCCCGGUUGUAUCUCAUUGUUAUUGUUUUCUUUCUUAGUGUUGUUUUACCCACAUUUUACACAGGUUGGCACACAAAGUAGAAACCAGUGGAAGUGACUGGUACAUAUCAGGGCGCAGCUGAUAGUUUUUGAUAAGUAUGGCAAAAACUAUAAAACUGAAAGGGUUUUGCCAAAACAAACGGUAAAUCUUUAACGCACCUCAAUCAAAGUCUAAGCAGAAAGACAAUCCUCUAAAGUACUGCUCUGAUUCUAUAAUACUAGUAAAAUAUUACGCUUCCAACAUUGUCAAAUGCCAUAUCUGUUAGGUUGAUAAAUGUGCAGCUGUGUUAUCCUCAGUCUGCAUGUGCCACACCUUUCUAUUCCUUUCUUUCUUGCCUUUUAUUUGCAUUUAUUAAUGUAGACUUGUUUGUAUCUAUUAAAGGUUAUUUCCAUUUA